GCGCGACCCGCUGACCUCAACGGAUUAAAAUAGCGGCAGCGGCCUACUUUUUAGGCGAGAUCUGCUUGCGGAAGCGCCAACGCCACCAGAUCCACGACGUGCCACCGCCCCGGACGAGGCAUCUCCCCGUCACUCAAAAACACGCGCGGGCGCCGCGUGUUGUGCGAGCGCAAAUUCUAAGCUGGUCCUCCUCCCGGACCGGAAGCGCUCGCUCGAGGGGGAGGCGUCGCGUCCGCCAUGGGGUGCUCCUUCUCCGGGCUGAACGCGCUCUACGACACCGUGGGCGGCGGCGGCGACAUCUGGGUCAACGACUACCGCUUCCGCGUGCUCCGCAGGCUCGGCGACGCCGGCCCCGCGGGCUCCUCCGUCUUCCUCGUCAAGGAGGUCGUCGCCGCCGCCGCGCCCUCCGACGGCACCGCCGGAGCGGGACCCGGCGCCGCGGGGCUCGCGAAGAAGAAGGGCGUCGACCCGUCCCACAUCUCAGCUGAUGGGACAUAUGCUUUGAAGAAAGUUCUUAUUCAGAGCGACCAACACUUGGAGCUAGUUCGGCAGGAGAUCCGGGUGUCCUCUCAAUUCAGCCAUCCAAAUUUACUUCCACUUCUUGAAAAUGCCAUUAUUGCAGUCAAGGGUGUGCAAGAUGGGUCGCAGAACCAUGAGGCUUACUUGUUAUUCCCAGUUCACUUAGAUGGAACCUUGCAGGAUGUAACUAAAUCCAUGCAAGAAAAGAAAGAAUACCUUUCAACAAUCACUAUUCUCCAGAUAUUUCGCCAGCUAUGUGCAGGACUGAAGCAUAUGCACAGUUUUGAGCCACCAUAUGCUCACAAUGGAGUUAAACCAGACAAUGUCCUCAUAACUCAGAGGAAGGAACAGCCUCAUCUUGCUAUCUUGAUGGACUUUGAAAGUGCUCGCCCCGCAAGAAGAGCUAUUAGAUCACAAGCAGAAGCUUUGCAGCUGCAGGAAUGGGCUUCAGAGCACUGCUCUGCACAUUUCCGGGCACCUGAAUUAUGGGAGUGCCCACCCCACGCUGAUAUUGAUGAGAGGACAGAUGUAUGGUCUUUGGGAUGCACCCUUUAUGCUAUGAUGUAUGGAAAAUCCCCAUUUGAUUAUGAGCUCGAUGAAUCUGCUGGCGAAAGCUUGGUAACAGUCACUAAAAGCGCACAGGUGAAGUGGCCUGCUGAGACGGGUUCUUCCUAUCCUGAUACUCUCCGCCAGUUUGUAACCUGGAUGCUGCAGCCACAUCCUGCAGUUCGUCCCCAUAUCGACGACAUUAUCAUCCACGUUGAUAAACUCAUUGCGAAGCACUCGACUUGACAAGUAAAUGGAACUGCUUCAACAGAAAGAAGAAAAGGAAUUCGUAUGUAAGUUUAUAGAACAUCUGCUUGAUUCAUUAAAAGUGACAUGUUCCUUAAUAGUCAUUGUAUGGAAGGAAGAAAGAUGAUAUUUUCUGUAGCAGGCUUCACCGAUUUAAGAACUGGCUGUUCCUGAGUACAUUAUGUCUGUAGAUGUAUGUAUUUUUUGUGCCAAAGUGAGAUUCAGGGGUCAAUAAAAUGAUAUCAUCAUUCUCCUGGUU